GGAGAGGCCAUCCGCAAACCGUUACGGAUCGCAACCUCUAGACCGUUAAGCAUAAACCCGAGAGACACCAAAGAUGCCUCAGAACGAGUAUAUCGAGCGGUGGACGAAGCAGCAUGGCAAGAGGCUCGACCACGAAGAGCGGCAGCGCAAGCGCCUCGCCCGUGAAGGCCACGAUGCCUCGUACAAGGCCCAAAAUCUCCGCGGUCUCCGCGCGAAGAUGUACGCCGAAAAGCGCCGUAAGGAGAAGAUCCAGAUGAAGAAGCAAAUCCGCGCCCACGAAGAACGCAACGUCAAGAGCAGCGAACCCGCCGAGCCCUCUUCCGAAGCCCUACCUCAGUACCUGCUCGACCGGUCGAAUGAGAAGAACGCAAAGGCUCUAUCCAGUGCAAUCAAGCAGAAGCGGAAUGAGAAGGCCGCUCGGUUCUCAGUACCGCUGCCCAAGGUGAAAGGGAUCAGUGAGGAGGAGAUGUUCAGCGUUGUCAAGACUGGUAAAAAGACGGCGAAGAAGAGCUGGAAGCGGAUGGUUACGAAGCCUACUUUCGUCGGACCCGGGUUUACUCGACGGCCCGUCAAGUAUGAGAGGUUUAUCCGACCUAUGGGUCUGCGGUACAAGAAGGCAAACUGCACGCAUAAGGAUCUUGCUGUUACCGUGCAAUUACCUAUCAUCAGCGUCAAGAAGAAUCCGCAGAAUCCGCUGUACACGCAGCUUGGAGUGUUGACCAAGGGAACUAUCAUCGAGGUCAACGUCUCAGAUUUGGGGUUGACGACUGCUGGUGGAAAAGUUGUUUGGGGUCGCUACGCUCAAAUCACAAACAACCCGGAGAAUGAUGGAUGUGUAAAUGCUCUGUUGCUGACGUGAUUGGAUUGAUACCCCAUGGUAGUUUCUUCGACUGGAAGAUAGAGCAUGAGAAUGCACGCGUGCAAGAGGGAAGAUGAAACGCGGUGUGUCUAAAUCGAGCAUCGGGAAGGCGUUGCGGCGAUCAAGGAGUGUCUGGAAUGAAAUUUUCACCUUAUUCGAACUUCGAUGGUGGAAUAUUUUUUUUGCACGGUUUGAAAAGCGGAAUAUAGCCGAAAAUGAGAUGUCUUAUGCCUCUAAA